AUGGCAAGCAUCGGUGACUCCAAUCGUCAGAAGGAGCCACUCGAGCACAUCAGUACUGCCUUCAACAACGCAGCCGAGUACCACACUGGAGGACAUCACAAGAAAGGCAAGGACCUUAUCACGUCGUUACCCUCUGACGCUGACGGCCCUCUCGUCAAUGGCGAAUGUGGCUCUGCUAGUGCGGAAUCUGCAAGGAGUGGACUAAUUGUCAGCAGAGGCAUGUUACGUGACUCCUUUAUCUUCAUAGAUGUCAUUCAGUUUGUUGAUUACUGUCAGAGUGAGGGAUGUGUGAUUGCUGGUCGCAAUAUUAUUGCGGGAAUGCGUACAGGGCAGAAUGAUAGUCGAACUCACUUGCAACGGGUCGUGCUUGAAACAGGCGGUGGCACAUCAAAAUGUCGGUUAUCACUUGCCGCUCGUGCUACGGAACAUGUGGCCAAGUACGACUGUUUCAAGGAACAUUUCCACUGCCACUCUCGUCUCCCAAGAGACCAUUCUGGGUACGAGCUGUCAAACUCCUUCCACGGCACCAGUGAUAUAGCAAGGAUGGCAUUGCAGAUAGCCAUCUCCUACAAUAUCGGAUUGAUUCCUGGCGCAGCUCUGUCUGGAAAAGAGCCCGAGAUGCGCUCAAAGAACAACUGCAAGCACGCCGGCCGUAAAAUGACUCCCUAUACAUCUAGUACAUUUGCUGACCAACGCCCCCUCGCCUGGCUCUGGCGCGACGCACACUCAAUCCAACCGUAUUACUCUCAGGCUCAGAUAUAA